UAUGAGUGUCUAGACACGAGAAAGGGGGUAGGACAGCUGACAUCGAAAAGGAAAGCAGAUCCACAACAAAACAUUCUACCCACAUUUUUCAAACCCAUGUAGAUUCCCGAAUCGACAUAAAUCGAGCAAUCAUAACCUACAAGAAGCAUGGAGAGGAAAAGUGACCCUGGAAAGAGAUUCCUGAGCAAACCCCAACUAGCUCGUUACCUGGGCAACACCAUGGAGGUGCACGCCAUUGACCCCCGUGCUGGAAGGAUGCUAACGAACAAGCUGCACAGGAACAGGCACAAGCAUCGCUAUGACAACAACAACCAUCAGAUCAAGGUCAAGCCGGACCUGAACACGACCCUACCAGUCCGACAGACAGCAUCCAUCUUUAAACAGCCUGUCACCAAGGUGACAAAUCACCCUAGCAACAAAGUGAAGACAGACCCCCACAAGGCUGUCGACCAACCAAGACAGCUGUUUUGGGAGAGGAAGCUGAGUGGUCUGAGUGCGUUUGACAUCGCAGAGGAGCUGGUCAAGACCAUGGACCUUCCCAAGGGCCUACAGGGUGUUGGGCCUGUGUGUUCAGACAAGACCCUGCUCUCUGCCAUUGCCAGCGCCCUGCACACCAGCCCCACACCCGUCACUGGUCAGCUGACUGCAGCCGUGGAGAAGAACCCUGGUGUGUGGCUCAACACCACCCAGCCACUCUGCAAGGCCUUCAUGGUUACUGAUGACGACAUCAGGAAGCAAGAGGACCUGGUCCACAGUGUGAGGAGGAGGUUGGAGGAAGCGCUGAUGGCGGACAUGUUGGCUCACAUAGAGGCCUCCACCAACGAGGCAGACACAGACGCUCUGAAGGAGGAACAAGCCGAGCAGGAUGACAAGGAGGACGUAUAGCAGAGGGUUGGUGAAUGCUACAGAGAGCUGCCUUGAACACAGUAUUCUACCCAUACCACCCAUACACAUACAGGACAUUCACCAGGAUCUGACUAGCAUCUGUCAACAUGAAGGACCCUCUCUCGUCUACGUCUGUCUGUCUGGAAGACUGUCAACAACAAUUCAAUCUAAAUAUAUUUUUGACCAAUUUAAAUGCAAUUUUGAAAUAUGUUUUUAAGCCCUUGGACAAGGCUUUGAUGUUCAGAGUUCAAUUAAAUUCACAAAUGUUUACCCUCUAAUUGUAUGGAAUGUGGAGAAGUAUGUAUGGUGCUUUAGGCAAUAUAGUCUUGCCCUCUUGUGAACACAAGUUUAAGGUUAAAACACAGAGUUAAUAUGUGUUUGUCUGUGCACGUUUAUCUGCGUGCAUGUGUCUACACGAGAGAGGAGAAGGAAAAGAGUGUGUGUUUUUGGGAGGGGGAGAGUGUGUGUUUGUGGGGCACCACUCGGCCCAUUCCAUUUGAACGGUUCCAUCUGUCUCUGUCUUGUGUUGCUCUGCUACCACUCAGUAUCCUUUGCCCAAGUGGAGAAUUAGUGGGUGGUUCGAGGGGUGCAGAUUGGGCAAGGGACCACAUGCUGUAAGAUGACGGUUGGAGGCUCAAAGCGGACUUUGCAAAAGACAACCUAAUGUGUCAGAAAUCAGUCAUAGAUAAGCAUGCAUCAUAUGAUCUGAUAUAGGUUAUAGGAUAUAUCCUAUGGCUCUUGUUAUCCCUAACAAAUAAUUGGGUUCUGUGUUCUCCAUACUGUCUUCUGGACGGUCAUGAGGAGUGGUGCUCUCUGCACAGAGGUUGAACAGGCUCUCAUGACUCAAACUCUCCUAUAAGUUCAAAAUGGUGCUAAUUUUGUCUGGUCUCAUCUUUCUAGAUGUAUUUGCUUUCAUGUUACAUUGAUGAACUGUCAAUAGGUGCGACGGCUGACGUAGACGGCUACUCUGAAAUAGUUGCCUAUUUGGGAUUUUGUAUUUUUUGUUGUUUAAAACGUUGCUGUGUGGCAAGUCACAAUUAUUCCAUAGUUAUUUAACAUUGGUUGUUUUAAUAGGUUUUAAGUGCUGACAUUUUCCCCUAAACUUGUUCUUGAUUUGAGUUAUGAAUGGGAAGAUCAUUCACUGUCAGAAUGAUCCCCCCAUGAGAUGUUAUUGUUCAAAUUAUGCUUUAUGGUUAAAAACCUUUGUUUCCAUAGAGGGAUUUGUUACCAUUUUCUCUUGUAAUUUGAGGUCAAACAUCAAGCAAUUCAUUCUGGAUGAUUAUUUUUUUCCUAUAACUAAAAUAAAUGCAAACUCUUUUGUAA